CACCAAUAUUAAAUCAGUUGACGGUGAUGAAUAUUCUGAUAUUCAACAAGAAAAUCACUGUUUAAGUUAGAAAAAAAAAUGAAAUUAGACUCGUUAAAACCGUUGCUUAGUGGCCAUUAUAUUUUGAAUCCUAUAGCAUGCUUGUUAUACGUGAUAUUACGGUGUUUGGAGCCGUUUUGCGGAUGGCUUUUCCCUGGUGAGGAAUGUCAAAUCAGCUGGGUAAGUUGAAGACUCUAAGGAUAUUACUAACACUUUUUCAUACUCGCGCAUGUUUUCGUUCUCAAGCCUGUUUGAUUAAAUCUACCUCGGUUCUUAGCAAUUCAAUCUAUGUGUUUACUAUAAACUCAUUCAUGACACAGAAUAAACGUAUAAUGGUGGAAAUAAAAUUUUCGUAUUCACGCCUUAGCCUGUGUAUCGUGUCUUAUAAUCACCAUCUUUUUUUCAGUGGUAGUAUUUCAGCGUUAGUAACGUCCCUUAAUUCCUGAAAUAGAAUUCAUAAUUUUUUUAUCGUCAAAUUGAUGGGAAAGAGAGUGUAGGAAAUUAAAUCAGGGUGUUAAGAUCCUUACCAACAGUUUCAAUACGUUUUUCAAGAUCGUGUAGGGGUACAAAGAGGGGGGGGGGUCGGAUCUCUCUUCUUGUUUGUGAGGUUUCAGGGAAAUCUUGAGGUUUUCAAGAAAUGAAAGAAAAAUUUAUGGGUUACAUAUACUUCUAGAAGCAAAUCGCACCUCACUCUGGUUCAUAAAUUUACAAAUCAUGCUCACCAAUCAAUUCGGUCUUAAUCACUCAUCACAUAUAAACUCUUUGCCAUCCUCAUUAGUUUCUGUUUACAAGGGAAGUAUCAAUGUGACCAUGUAUCAAGCAUUUAAUGGAGAAUUUAAAGAAAUCAUACAGUAUUCAUAUUAAUUUUAAUAAUGUUCUAAUGCUUAUUGUUACAAGUGUUGAUUUGAUCAGCAAACUAUAAAAUUGAAGUUAACAAGAUGUUCCUUCUAUAGCGAGACUUUGAGCUGUUGUCUUUUCUUGUGAUUGUCCUCGCAGUUAAAAACAGAAAGUGGAAGCCAGGUAUUUAAACUCUCAGUAUAGAUAAACUUAAAUCAAGGGUAAAAAUCCUUGCCUAAAAGCUCAUUGGCAAACACAUUGCCCAAUUGCAAAAUCGUUCCCCUAUAGGCUCAUCCCUACUACAAGUUUAUCAUGUGGAUGCAAAAAGCUUGCCAUAAAGCCUCUCAACUUUUUGAAUUUUACCUAUGAGAAAAAAGUUUUUUCUGUCAGGAAAUCAUGAUAUGGACAUGAAAACUUUUAGCUGCAACCCAGAUUUAUGCAACUUGUCAAGAAACUUUUUUUCUGUUUUCUCUCCUCCUUUUUCUGGAUCUGACCCUAAAUUUAGAUAUAUACAUUUUUUAAAAGCAUUCAGUAGUGGUGCAGUGUCUGUUUAUAGGAGUUUUCAGUUUUGUUUUGUUUAUUUUUUUUUCAGCCUCUUGGCAAGAGAUAGCAUCAAUGGUGUUCUUGUUUAGCAAAAUUGCAAACUUUGUUCUUUUUGCAAGGUCAGAUCUUAGGCUUGGUCUCAUUUACCUGAUAAUUUGCAUUGGUGAGUGACUUGAGGUGCACUUCUGUUUCUUUUUUAAAAAUUAAGAGUGUAUAUUGUCAUAUUUAAGUGGACUUAGCAUUAGACUUAUACAUUUUUAUUAAAAAACAUCUCAGGUAAAUUCUCAUGUGAGCACAACAGGUUGUACAAUUAAGGUAUUCAAGUUAUUAAACAAAUGAAAUGAAUCAAGACUAGUUGUUAAGUUGUAAUACUAACAUUCUAGCCAAACUGAUUUAAUGGUUGUUACCAAUGGUUAUAGUUAAAUGAAAAGCCCUAACAAAGCAAUAAAGAUUAAAAGACUUCAAGGGUUUUGACUAAAAAUAAUUGAUGCCUAUCGUUAGUUUUCACAUUCUUUUUCUUCAUCCUCAGUUUUGUUUUUGUUAUUUCCUGAGCCAUCAUACAGUGGACCUGAUGAAGUAUUCUUCUUCAGAGGACCAGCACUUGAUGUAAGCUUUCUUGAAAUAUAAGCUUCACCUAACCUUAUAACAUGGCAAAUUAAGUGAAUAACAUCUUAAAAGAUUAUUAUGAAUGAUCACAAUGAUUAAUUUAGUUGUUCUUGUUAACUACAUGAGGAUCAGAUAUUUUUGUUUACUUCAGGAUGCCUUACGUGAUAACCCUUCUGUCACAUGGUUGGUAGAAUUUUAUGCCCCCUGGUGCCCUCCCUGUGUCAGAUUUGCUCCAACAUUUGCUGAACUAUCACUCAGGUAAAUAUUCAAUGUAUUCCUGAUACCAGGCAGGAGUAGUAAUCUAAUAAAGGUUUUUUUGGGAAUUUAAGAAAAUUUUCAUGAUUUAAGAUUGAGAUGUGUCUUAAACAAAGACUGAGAAUCUUGAUAUAUGUAGGUUCAGUUUGGGUAAAGAUAGUUUUACAAAUCAGAAUUUUGGCCUUAAUUGCCAUCAGGUAGAAGGCACUGUUAACUUGAUUAUAAAAAGGGUUUGAUUAAUGUUUUUAAUUGUAAUUUUCUUUUUUUUAACUCCAUUAGCAGUUCAUGUAAAAAGAAUAAUCAACCAGAUAAUAAUCUUGGAUAUUGAUAUUUAUGACAAUCAUUCUUACCUUCAGUAAAAGCAACCUUUUUUUUCUUUGUCAAUUAAGAUACAAUCACAGUCAUCUAAGGUUUGGAAAAUUAGAUGUUGGAAAAUAUCCAAUUGUAGCAGAAAAGUGAGUAGAAUGAUGAGAGAUUGAUGAAAAAGUUGCUUAAAUCAUAGUAACAACAGUUUGAGGAUUGAUUAAAACACUGCCAGUAAAUGAAUUUCUUCUUACUGUUUCUUUAUUAUCUGAAUCAGCCACAAAGAUUCCAUAUUUUGGGUAGGGGUAAAUUAAUUUAUCACUGACCAACUUUUUUGAGCUGCACUAUCAUAACAUUAUUAGUCAUGAAAUCAUAAGCAAACUUGAAAACCCUGCAAGUUUUUCUUCUGAUGACAAAGUGGAGAAAAUGUAUUGGUACCUCAACUAGGAAUAUUCCAUUUCUAGUUCUUUUUAUAUUGGAAAGGAUGUCAGUAGUAGUUACUUUUGGGGCCUAGUAUUUAGCAUCUAACGAUAAGACACACCAGUUUAAAUGAAGUUUUUAAUUUUUUCCUUUCAAGACACAGGGUAGAUGGAUCUGCCAUUUCUAAACAGCUUCCAAGUUUAAUUCUCUUUGAAGGUGGAAAGGAGACAAAAAGAAGGCCAUUGGUGGACAGGAGAGGUGUUAUAACUCCUUACACCUUCACUGAGGUAGGUUAUGAUCACUGAACAGAAUACUAUAGAGCUUCAUAUUGCUUGUCAGAGUCUGUUAACCCUUUCUCUCCCAAGAUCUCAUUGAAAGUUCUCUUUUCUGUCAGCUAUACAAUUAUUUUGUUGUUCCUUGGGAGAAUUUGGUGUUGGAUCAACUUAAAAUCCCUGAAUUGAUAGUUUUCUUUAUUCUUGUCUGCUUGAUAUUGUAAGGAAAAAUUCUGUCUUGGUCACUCAUUGGAGUUAGAGGGUUAACCCUUUCUCUCCCAAUAUCUCUUUGGUAAUUCUCCAUACUGUCUUCCAUACAAUUCUAAUAAUGUUGGUUGAGAGAAUUUGGUAUUAGAUAAACUAAUGAUCUCCUGAUUUAUGUCCAUAAUGUUUGCUUUGUAAAAUGUAUUCUAUAUACAAGGCUAAAAAAUUAAAAUGUUUAAACCAAACGUUUUCGGCUGUUUGCCAUCAUCAGGGUUGAUUUAUAUUUUUUUAUUAAUUCUAAUUCCUUGUCUGCUUGAUUUUGCAUUGAUAUUGUAGGGAGAAAUUCUCUCUUGGUCACUCAUGGAUGUUAACUCUAUUGUAAGGGUGACUAGCAUUUAAUUUCUCUUUACAGUAUCACCCCUGAAUCAAACAUUAAGGUUAUGAGAAUAAAGGAAAUUAUCAUCAACCAAACAAGCUUUUGAUUUUCAAGCAAAUCCUCCUUGUUAGUGCCCAAGGAAAUGUAUAGAGAACAGUAAGGAGAAUAUGCACACUGAUGUUAUGGUGCUAAGCAUUAAAUAGUUGACCUUUGAUAAGAGGACGAUUCACAGAGCAGACCAAAAAUAUUGAUUUUAUGCAUUGCUUAACAGGUCAACAUUGAACGAGAUUUCAAAUUAACAGAACUUAAGAAAUCUGCUGAGGACAGGCAAAAACUGGAAGAGAAGAACUCAAAGAAGAACAAAAAUAAGGAAGAUUAACUAACAAGAGAGGAAUUGAAUAAUUUACAAUUUUAUUAACAAGCAGCACAUUAAUGGAGGAGACAUUGGGUCUUGCUUCUGGUUAUACCGCUGGCGUAUGAUCAAAGAAAAAGGAAAUGGUUUUGCUCGUUAGAACCGUACUAAGAGUGCAGAGAAAAGAAAAAGAAUGACAGACUCUUCUUAUUUCCCUCACACCUCUGCUGCUAAUUCUUAAAAAUGUUUGUGUCAAUCUUUUUAUUAGUUAGUGCUCUCAAUGGAGUAACUUAUAGCUUAAUUACGCUGAGUAGGACCGAGAUUUUUCCGUAUUUGAAAUAGCAAUCUGUCAUCGCUACACUUGAAUGCUGUUGUUCUUGGAGGUGCAUUUCUAAU